AUGUCAGAUCGUCCACUGCUCGAUGUAGGCAACUACAGUCCACGCUACGGUGCCUCUGAGUCUGGCAACAACAAUGAUACUCCCAUACUCCCAUACAGUGAUGAGCAGAGCAGAGCUUUCACGGAGAAGAGGCUUCUCCGUAAGCUGGACCUUCGAGUAGCCUUCCUGGUUCUGAUUUACAUUAUGAAUUAUAUGGACCGUAGUAAUGCAGCUGCAGCGAGGUUGCGUGGUUUUGAGGAGGACCUCGACAUGAAGGGGAAUCAGUUCAAUACGCUCAUUAGUAUCCUCUAUGUGGGGUACGUGUUAAUGCAAGCUCCUUCAUCGCAUGAAAAGGCCAUCGCUGUACCUCUCAAGCUGCAUGGCAAUAUGGGGCGCUAUCACCUUGUUCACCAGUAUCGUGCAGCUCUGAUCUUGCGCUUCCUGCUUGGAUUUGUCGAGGCAGCGUUCUUUCCCGGGGCUGUAUUCCUUCUUUCGCAAUGGUACAAGCGCAACGAACUAGGAUUGCGCACAGCGCUUCUUACUUGCGGGAGCUCAGUCAGUAAUGCUUUUAGCGCCCUUAUCGCGUCAGGAAUUUUGGCAGGCCUAGACGGUAUACUGGGUUUCACGGCUUGGAGGUGGCUUUUCCUCGUGGAGGGCACUUUGACCAUCAUAGUUGCAGUGUGUGCAAUCUGGAUUUUACCAGACUUUCCUUCAACUCCGAGCGUCUGGUUGUUGCCUGAUGAGCAAAUACUGGCCAAACGACGGAUGGAGGAGGACGCUGCAGCCGGAAAUGAGGACCAAGGCAAGCCUGUAGAGGGCUUUUCUGGUCUUUCCGAGGCUGUCAUGGAUUGGAGAGUAUGGUGGCUUGGGGUUGCCCUUAGUUUCAUGACCGCUUCUUUAUCAUUCGGCAAUUUUUUUCCCGACACUAUCUGCUACAAUGGGUUACAACGCAACUAUCAGCCUCUUGCUCUGCGCACCUCCAUGGAUUUUAGGAACUGCGACCUCGUUUUUUGUGGCCAGAUAAGGCACUCCGAUGCAACUGGCGAUCGCUUCUGGCAUAUCACUGGUCCGCUACUUCUCGGCAUCGUCGGGUUUGUGAUUGCCAUGUCUACUAUGAAUACGGCCGUUCGUUAUCUGUCACUAUUCUUUAUGACUCAGUCCUCGGUCGCCUAUAUUAUCUUUUUGACUUGGGUAUUGAAUACCUUUUCCCAAUCGCGGUCGAAACGCGCUGCAGCCAUCGCACUGAUAAACUCGAUGGCAACAUUUGGCAACAUUGGUGCAUCGUACUUCUGGCCAUCCAGUUGGGGACCUUCAUACGUGAAUUCAUAUUUCAUUUGCAUCCUAACAGGUGCCAUGUCUAUUGCGAUGUGCUGGGCGUUUAGGAAGCAUCUUUCUCGGUGCAAUGGAGCUGCUGAAGCCGAAGAGCACGCUCUAGGGUUGCCCAAAGGGUUUAGAUAUCUCCUGUAG